AUUAUCGAAAAUGCAAAGUGAACGGCUGGUAGUUAAGUACGUCAAAGUGAACAACUGUUUCGCCUAUUUGCCAGACACCUGGUUACGAAGACUAGAAACAGAGGAGAAUGUUAUCGAAAUAGAGCACAAAGGUAAAACAUAUUACGUGUCCUGCAACGUUAGCGCAAAUCCAAACGAGGUGUUAUACCUCGGCACAAGUUUCGCACGAAGUUUAGGCAUCGAUGAAGGGGACGAAGUGUUCAUUUCUUCUUUGAAAGAUGUGCAACGUUUAACAAGAAUUGAUGUUGUACCUCGUACCGCCGACGACAGGGAGAUCGUGGAACUACAAAUGGAAAAGCUGCAAUCGAUUUUGCUCAGUCAGAUCAGAGUGGUGGGCAAGGGUCAGCCUAUUGUUGCAUGGGUUUCAAAGUUCUCUUCUGUAACGUUUACCGUAGACCAUCUAGAGCCAAGUGUCAGAUAUGGAAAGCUCGAGCAAUUGACAGAGGUGCACGUGGCGGACGUUGUGCCAAAUAAAAAUGUAGAGAGCUCGAUCAAAGUGGCUAAGCAGUCCAGCAGCAUAACAGAAGAUCUCUUGACGACGUUCAGAAGAUUCGCACAGUCCGCGGUCAGACACAGCGAUUUCAAAUCACCAGAGGCAGCCAGAAGCUCCGAGCUGCUUAAGAGUUUCCGCAAUAGAAAGAAGUCGAGCAUCUAUCGGGUGCAUCCGAUGCCGAAGAGGAUGGUCGAAGGUACCGCCGUCGACGAAACAGUGCGUGGUCCCUACCACGUGUUCGUGCCGCGAAAAUCGGCACCGAAAUUCGAUGGCACCUUCGCCGUAUUUCGCGUGAGGAAGCUGUCGGAAAGGAAGCAGCAUACGAACGUAGCCAGCACCAGCUUUUUAACUAGAGACGACUCCGUUGUGCCCGAGUUGGCCCAAGAAUUGGUUGUCAGGUUGUUCGUCCUUGAAGAUUUGCUGGAGAGAUCCCCUAACUGGAACCAUUUCAACAUCAACUUCCAUCACAACAGUCUGUACGUAUCGGACAGCGUGAGGCACACUUUGGACUUGAGGAUAGGGGCCAAAGUGACCUUGUGCCAGGUGGAGCCUCCUCAGCAAGUGGCCCCAUCCUCCAUCGAACUGUUCUCAUGGAAAGAAUCGGUGACCGCCGAGACUUUCGAAAAUUACGUGAAGACUCGUUUCUCUCGGGACGGGCUGUUCAUUAAUUCUUGCGCCGUAAUCGUGCUCGACAGCGAUCAUCAAUGCGUCGUGAAAAUUUCGCCGGAGAAUUGCACUUCCGCCCUGGUCGACGAGACCGUUCUGAAAGGGUUGCACGUGCAUUCGAGAUCGGUGGCUGAGAAGAGCCAUCUGCGGGUCUCGGACGAGUUGGACCAAGAGAGGCCGAAGAUGAGACAACACUUUACUCGGCAUUUAGAGCACGCUCUGGCGGAAUGUCGCCUCUCGCUCGAUGUUAGUCUCGGUUUGCAUACACAACUAGGUUUCGACUACGACCGGGAGAACAUUUUGAUCGCCGGCGAUGUUGGUUCCGGCAAGACGACCGUUUGCAAACUGCUCUGCGAAUAUUUAGAGAACGCGCCGUAUUUUGUGCACACGCAGACCAUAGACUGUCGAUCCCUAAAAGGGAAAAAGGUUGAAAUGAUACAAAAAAUUCUAAUAACUGCGUUGAGCGAGAGUAUCUACUAUCAGCCUUCCGUGAUAUUCCUGGAUGAUGUAGAGUCCAUCACGAACGCGUCCGCGAACGAUGAAGAGAUCACUCCGGACGCCAUUAAUGCCGCCAGGAUCUCAGACAUGUUAAGCAACACUAUGUCACAGUAUCAGGAAGUGUGUCACAUAUCAGUCGUCGCAACUUGCGCAGGUGUUAACAGGAUCGGACAGAGAUUGAGGCCAGCGAAGGGGUCUCACUUUUUCAGAACGGUUCUGUCGAUACCAAAUCUCGAAAAGGUGGAUAGAAUCGAUAUUUUGCAAUUAAUGCUUGGAGACAACUUGUACCUGCCCCGAGACGUGAAUUGGGAUUACUAUGGAAACAAGACCGAGGGAUGGAUGGUUCAAGAUCUGAGCGAUUUCGCUGAGAAAGCGGUGUUUAUUGCUUGGAAGCGCCACGGAUCCUCGAAGCCGCCCGUUGUUAUAACGGAAGAGGACGUGUCGAUUGCCCUGAAGAAUUGUACGCCGAUGUCUUUGCAAGGCAUACAAUUGUACAAAGGCGAGGGCCACCUUUGGUCGGAUAUCGGGGGCCUGGUGGAAGUGAAAAGGUGCCUCACAGAGAUUCUACAGUGGCCGUUGAAGUACCCAGAAGUGUUUAAGAACGCGCCGAUAAAGCUCCAAAAUGGCGUUCUGCUCUACGGGAUGCCGGGCACUGGGAAAACUAUGCUCGCAAAAGCGAUCGCCAACGAAUGCGGCGUCAAUCUAAUUAGUGUCAAGGGCCCGGAAUUGCUCUCGAAGUACAUCGGCGUGAGCGAGGAAUCCGUCAGAACCGUUUUCGAAAGAGCUCUUCGAGCGAAGCCGUGCGUUCUGUUUUUCGACGAGUUCGAUAGUUUUGCUCCCAGACGGGGCCACGAUAGCACCGGCGUGACAGACAGAGUGGUGAAUCAAUUGUUAACCCAAAUGGACGGAGUGGAGGACAGAGAAGGUGUCGCGGUCGUAGCAGCGUCUUCGAGGCCAGAUUUAUUGGAUCCUGCUCUAUUGAGGCCUGGACGUCUUGACAAGGCUUUAUAUUGUCCCCUGCCAGAUGAGGUCGAAAGAGAAGGUAUUUUAAAAGCACUGUGCAGAACACAGAAGGUAGACACGACCGUAUUAGACUGCCAGCAACUGUCGACGAUGACUUCCGGUUUCACGGGCGCAGACUUGAACGCGGUGGUCACCCAGGCCAGAUUUUCAGCCUUCGAGGACGCAGUUGCCGAAUCUCCCAAUGGAAAAAUCGAGGCCAGGGACAUCAAGGUCUCUCAGAAGCAUCUGAUCGACUCCGUGAAAUCGACUCAUCCCUCUUUGUCCGACGUUGAGAAACAGAAAUACGCGAGAAUCUACGCCAGAUUCGCAAAGAAGGACAACUUCGUCGAAGGGGUGAAGAAUCAGAGGGCUACUUUAGCGUGAACUCAAUUAUUAUGGGCAUUUUAAAAUAUUCGAGAUAUGUUCUAGAGAACCGGCGGUUCUCGACGCUUUUUCUAUGCUUGAAGCUUUUUAUAAACGCAAGGAAUACAUAUAUUUCCUUUAUAUAAAUGUAAAACUGCAGAGAAUUAAUAUUCUCCAAAAUAAAUUCUCCUAAAUAAAUUGAAUGCUUUAAAUUUAA